AAGUCGUUACACUGGUCCUCAGUCUCCUUUCGAUGGAACGUUUGCUUACAUCGAGGCCUCCGGUAAACGCUGGGGAACCACUUACAUAUUGACCACCACAGGAACAGUGUUUGCCCAGCAGACUUGGUGUCUCUCCUUCGUGUACAAUAUGUAUGGCAGACAUAUGGGAACACUACAAGUAAAUGCAGGGUCUUCUGGCUCCCUUUCUACUUUAUGGUAUACAUCUGGAAAUAAGGGAAUUAACUGGAUUACUCAAAGAGUUACCAUUCCUUCAACUGCUAACCUUGUGGUUGACAUAAAAGGCAUCCGUGGCUGGGGAUACCGAGGUGACAUCGCUCUAGAUAAUGUGACCAUGACUCCAGGAUCUUGCUGAGGCUGGUAGACUACUGUAAUUGUUUGUAAUGUUAACAAAAUUCAUCAUUUUUAUGAUUGUAUGU